AGCCCAGCCCGGGCGGCGCCGGCACGCUGGCGGUCAGCGGGGAAGGGAGCGGCGGCGCCGUCGCUAGACCGGCCGCUCCGGCGCCGCAGAGCGGCCCCGGCCUGACGCGGCCUCCCGCCGCCGCGCGCGGGGCGGGCGGCGAGGCGCGGCCGAGGGGGCCGCUCCGCCCGCCCCGCCCCGCCGCGGCAGGCGCCAGGCCCGCGGCGCCGCCAGGCCAGGCCGGGCCCGGCGCGGGGCCCACCUCCGCGCGGGAGCGGGCCGCCGAGGAGCCGCCGGAGCCCGGCUGGCGAGCGGGGCAUGGAGGCCGGGGAGGCGGCGUGGAGCCAGGCCUCUCUGCGGCGCAGGCUGCAGAGCUCGGAGGAGGCGCAGCACCGGCAAGCGGUGCUGGUGCAGAAGCUGCAGGCGAAGGUGCUGCAGUACCGGACCUGGUGUCGAGAGUUGGAGCAACGACUGGAAGCAGGAGGGGGACCCCUUCCAGACAGGUGGGAAGCCACAGAAGACAAUAGCCUGGAGAAUGCACUGUUCCAGUUGGAAGAGGAGCAGCAAAGGUGUGAAAGUCUGGCUGAAGUGAACAGCCUUUUGCGGGAGCACCUAGAUAAAGCAAAUGAGGUGAAUUCAGCUCUUAAAGAAGAUGUUGGAAAACUGACAGCAGAUUGGAUGAGGGCCCGGGAGGAGCUGGAAUUGAAGGAGAAUGAAUGGCGCAAUGAACGUGAGUUUUAUGACAGCUACCUACGAGGUGAACAUAACCGUCUUCUCAGCCUAUGGCGCCAGGUGGUGACCUUUCGCCGUCAUUUCCUAGAAAUGAAGACUGCCACUGACAGAGAUUUGUCAGAACUGAAGGCAGAGCAAAUGAGGCUUUCUGGAUCUAUACUCGUCAACUGCUUCCAGCUAAAUUCCGGCGUACAGCUUUGGGAGUCCCUCACCUUGGGAAGACCUGUCUUAAAGGAUCAGGCACAGAAACAGGUAGAAAAGGAAAUAAACCAGAACACCUGGGAAGUGAUGAGCUUUCAAGUUAAGGGGGACCUUGAGAAGAAGGAACUUCAAGAAAGGGUGAUGGAGCUCUCAGCCUUGCUUGUACAGUCUCAGAAGCAGAAUGAGGAGAAGGAGAAGACUAUGAAGACACUUAACGACACUGUGGAGAUUCUAGAGGCAAGCCGGUUGGAAGUAGAAUAUGAAGCUUCAUUGACUAAAAAUGCCAAAGAAGAGAAUCUUUCCCUUCAAAAGUUGAUAAAAGAUAUCAUUGAGGUGGUGUUAGAUGACAGUGACAGCACAGACAGCAACAUCUGCACUGACAGUUCUCAGCACCCAGAGUCUAGCAGCAUUCCCUCUUACAUGAGCUCCGGCAAUGCAGAGCAUGCCCUUGUAUUGGUGCAGGAAGUGCUGGCAAGGAGGCAAAGAGCAACACGGGCCCUAAAGGAAGAGCUUUCUGCCAACCAGGACUCUAUCAGUUUCCUGCAGCACCAGCACAGACAGCAGGAAGAGGAGUGCAAGAAGUUGCAGCAAAGACUUGAGCAGCUGGAGGAGGAGUGUAAGUUGACCAGCAGCCAGCGGCAGCACCUCCAGUCUCUGGUAGAAGCACUCAGAAGUGACUGUGCAAGCCUAGAAAAAAACAGAGAAGAGCUACAGCAACAGCUCAAAGUAACUGAGCAAGAAGCCUGGCACCUGCGUCAAAGUAACACUGAACUGCAGCUGAAGGAAGAUUCUGCCGAAGGGGAAAAGGUGGAGCAGCAACAGACAACAGAAAGAGAGCGUCGGGACCGGGAGCUUCUUCAGAAGGACUUAGCUGCACUUGAAGCAAAACAUUCAUUAUUACAGAGUGAGUUGGUAGUUGCAAGAGAGGCACUGGAGAAAUCUCACCUUCAUAGAGAUCUGCUGAAGCAAGAGAAACAUGAGCUUACAAUGGCAUUGAAAAAGGCAGAGCAGUCAGUAGCAGAGCUGACAGGAGCUCAGAAUAAGCUGAGGGCUGAAACAGCUGAUCUACGUAUUGCAACAGCAAAGAUGAGCAGUAUUAAUGAAGCUCUGGCAUUAGAUAAAGUGCAGCUGAACAAGCUUGUGUUACAGCUGGAACAGGAGAAUGAAGUCCUGUCAAGUAAAGUGGAAGAGAUGGAGAAAGCAAAGAUCUCUGUGCAGGAGAAGCUGAACUUGUGUAAAAGGACCAAUGAAGAGCUCUGCACAGAGAAAGCCCAACUGGAGCAGCUGCUGGAGAAAGCAGAGGACCAACAGGAGGGACUACAGGUAAAACUGAGGAUACUGGCAGAGGAGAAGGAAGAAACCCAAGAGAAGCUCCAUCAGGUUUGCCACCAGCAAGAGUCAGCUAGCAGUGAUUUGGAGCAGUUGCGCCAGGAGUCCUCUCACCAAGCAGAUGUUCUGGCCAAGAUGUCCAGAGAGAAGGAAGUCCUGGUGCAUGAGAAGGCUGCCCUAGAGGUGCGACUGGCAGCUGUGGAACGGGACAGACAAGGCCUUUCAGAGCAGCUGGCAGAGGCCAGGUCAAUGAAGGAGCUCCUGGAAUCCAGCCUGUUUGAGGCUCAGCAGCACUUGUCUCAGCUGGAGGUCACCAGGAGUCAGCUGAAAAUCCAACUUCAUACAGUCACUCAGGCCAAGGAGGUGAUACAAGGGGAAGUGAAGUGCCUUCAUAGUGAGCUGGAAGCAGAAAGAUCUCGAAUGAAGCAGGAAUGGGAAAACAUGACGCAGCAGCUCUUGCAGACAGAACAGCAGUGUAACAAUACCCUCAGGCUUCAGCAAACUGAUCAUGAAGUGGAAAUAAACAAGCUCCUGCAAGACCUGGCAAGUGAGCGGGAAGGGCACCAUUCAGAGCUACAGGAGAUGCUGGAGCGCUGGGAUAAGGAGAAAACAGAGGCAGAAGGAGAGCACAAGAAGAAGCUGUUGGAUAUGAGGCAGAAGAUUGCUACUAUGCAAGUUCAGCAAGAAGAGGAACGAAGUAGAGCUGAAACUGCCAAGAAAGAGAUCCUGCUAGAAAAAGAGAAUGAGAAGAAGGCUUUGUUAGAGACACUACUUCAAACUCAGGGAGAGCUAACAGAAGCCUGCAAGCAGCUAGAACAGCUCAGGCGGGAUGUGAAAGAACAGCAAGAGAAUGGACAGAACAUCAUGGAAAAGCUGCAAGCAGAGCUGCAGGAAGCUCAGAGUAAGUUCAAGGCAGUGGAGAAUAGGCACAAGGAAGAAAUCAAAACCCUCCAAGAGGAAAUGAAUGUCCAUCUUCAGCAGAGGGAUGCUCUACAGAAAAAGGUGGAAGAGUUGAAAACUCAGCUAGCAGUCUCUGAAGAGUCCUGGCAAGUAAUUGGCCAUGAAGCUCAGGAGCAUUUGCGUGAGGCACAGGAAUUGUCAAGGCAGAAGAUGCUAGAGGUUGUUCGCCUUGAGAAGAUCCUGGAGGAGGAGAGGAGCCGGUGGGAGGAGGUAGAACAUCAGAACAAAGAGCUGCAAGUUUGUCUGCAGUCUUUGGAGGGAGAAAGAAGUCAAUGGGAAGAAGUACAACGUCACAAUACAGAAUUUCAGGCUUCACUGAAAGCCCUAGAGGGUGAAAGAGCCAGGCUGACUCUGUCUCUGGAAAAGAAGGAAUUGAGUCUCAGAACCCUAGAAGAAAACAGCCUUGCCCAGCAGAACGAGGUGUCUAAACUGCUGUCUGCCAUUCAGCAGGCCCAGCAGCUCCAUUCAGACCACAGAAGAGAAAUACAAGAGCUCAACAACCAGGUUCAGUCACUCCAGGAAAUGGUAUUGGAGAAAGAGGCUGGCCUGGCAACUCGGGAGAAGCAGCUGUUACAGGAUCUGGAGGAGUCCCGAGCAGGCGAACGAUGCUUGAGGGACUCUUUGCGGGUGCUGGAGGCUGAGAUGUCUGAACUUCAUCUGAGGCUUUGUAGCACGGAGAACAGAGCAAAGGCAUUGGCUACAGAGUGCCAGCAGGCUAACAGUGCCCACUGUGAAGCCCAGGCCCAGCUGGACAAACUGCAUUUGGUUCUCUAUCGCAUGCUGUGUGGCAGCGCUGAUACAAGCAGAGACUUGGUCACUUGGACUUCAGAACAGGAUCAUGUCUGGAGCCUAACUGUUUCUCAGGCCAGGGACCUCCCUGUAGAGAUCACAGUGGACAGAGUGGCAGCAGCCCUACGAGACCUACACCAGGAGCUGAAGCAGACUCAACAAGAUUUGAAUGAUGCCAGGAAGAAGUCACAGGAGCUGAAGCUGGAGCUGAGCAAGACGCGAGCUGAGAGGGACCAUUUCAGUGCCCACAAUCAAGAGUUGCAGAAACGAUUGGCUCAAAGCCAGGAAGAGACACAGAUGGCAGAAGGCAAGAAAAACUCUCUGCAAGCUGCCUUGCAGGAAGAGGCUGCUGCUCUAAAGAAGGAGGUUAUGACCCUACAUCAAGAGGUGGCAUCUUUGGAAAGGAGACUUGAGAGCACUGAGAAGCAAAGAAAGGAUGUCCUGCGUGAGCGGGACACACUGCAAGCAGUUAAGGAAGAAAUGGUAUGGGAGAUAAAACUUCUCCAGGAAUCAGUCACAGCCUCUGAAACUCGAGCAAAUGCAGCAACAAAUAUGAAACACUCCCUUGAACAAGAACUUCAAGCUACAUUAUCUGUCUUGAAAAUCAAAAAUGAGGAAGUGGCAGCUCAACAGGAGAAAAUCCAGAUGCUACAGAAAGAGGCAGCAGAGGUGAAAGCUUUGCAGGAAAAUCUUGUUCACUUGACUGCCAUGCUAUCAAAGAGAGAGGGAGAAAUUAAGUUGCAUGAUGAAAAGAUUAGAAUGCUGGAAAACCAGAACACAAUGCUUCAAAGUACUCUAGAUGACAUUAUUAAAGACAAAACAGAGAAAAAACAGAAGAUAGAAUCCCAACAAGAACAGAUACAGGAGCUGGAGAAGCAGCACGAAAUGCAGACAAUUACUAUAAGCAAGAUGAGGAAGGACCUGGAGGAGAGAGACCAGGACAUCAGAACCCAACAAGAACAGAUACAGGAGCUGGAGAAGCAGCGGGAAAGGCAGAGGAGCACUCUAAGCAGUACCAGGAAGGACCUGGAGGAGAGAGACCAGGAGAUCAGAACCCAGCAAGACCAGAUACGGGAGCUGGAGAGGCAGCAUGAAAUGCAGACAAUUACUGUAAGCAAGAUGAGGAAGGACCUGGAGGAGAGAGACCAGGACAUCAGAUCCCAACAAGAACAGAUACAGGAGCUGGAGAAGCAGCGGGAAAGGCAGAGGAGCACUCUAAGCAGUACCAGGAAGGACCUGGAAGAGCGAGACCAGGAGAUCAGAACCCAGCAAGAUCAGAUACGGGAGCUGGAGAAGCAGCAUGAAAUGCAGACAAUUACUGUAAGCAAGAUGAGGAAGGACCUGGAGGAGAGAGACCAGGACAUCAGAUCCCAACAAGAACAGAUACAGGAGCUGGAGAAGCAGCGGGAAAGGCAGAGGAGCACUCUAAGCAGUACCAGGAAGGACCUGGAGGAGAGAGACCAGGAGAUCAGAUCCCAGCAGGAACAGAUACGGGAGCUGGAGAAGCAGCAGGAAAUGCAAGGGAGUUCUCUAAGCAAUACCAGGAAGGACCUGGAGGAGAGAGACCAGGAGAUCAGAUCCCAGCAAGACCAGAUACAGGAGCUGGAGAGGCAGCGAGAAGUACAGAGUACUACUAUAGGAAAGAUGAGGAAGGACCUGGAAGAGAGAGACCAGGAGAUCAGAACACAGCAAGAACAGAUAGAGGAGCUGGAGAAGCAGCGAGAAAUACAGAGGAGUGCUCUAAGCAAUACCAGGAAGGACCUGGAGAAGAGAGAUCAGGACAUCAGAUCCCAGCAGGAACAGAUAGGAGAGCUGGAGAAGCAGCGAGAAGUACAGAGUACUACUAUAGGAAAGAUGAGGAAGGACCUGGAAGAGAGAGACCAGGAGAUCAGAACACAGCAAGAACAGAUAGAGGAGCUGGAGAAGCAGCGAGAAAUACAGAGGAGUGCUCUAAGCAAUACCAGGAAGGACCUGGAGAAGAGAGAUCAGGACAUCAGAUCCCAGCAGGAACAGAUAGGAGAGCUGGAGAAGCAGCGAGAAGUACAGAGUAUUACUAUAGGAAAGAUGAGGAAGGACCUGGAGGAGAGAGACCAGGAGAUCAGAACCCAGCAAGACCAGAUACGGGAGCUGGAGAAGCAGCGAGAAAUACAGAGGAGUGCUCUAAGCAAUACCAGGAAGGACCUGGAGAAGAGAGACCAGGAGAUCAGAUCCCAGCAGGAACAGAUACGGGAGCUGGAGAAGCAGCGGGAAAUGCAAGGGAGUUCUCUAAGCAAUACCAGGAAGCACCUGGAAGAGAGAGACCAGGAGAUCAGAUCCCAGCAGGAACAGAUACGGGAGCUGGAGAAGCAGCAGGAAAUGCAAGGGAGUUCUCUAAGCAAUACCAGGAAGGACCUGGAGGAGAGAGACCAGGAGAUCAGAACCCAGCAAGACCAGAUACGGGAGCUGGAGAGGCAGCGAGAAGUAGAGAGUAUUACUAUAGGAAAGAUGAGGAAGGACCUGGAGGAGAGAGACCAGGAGAUCAGAACCCAGCAAGACCAGAUACGGGAGCUGGAGAAGCAGCGAGAAAUACAGAGGAGUGCUCUAAGCAAUACCAGGAAGGACCUGGAGAAGAGAGACCAGGAGAUCAGAUCCCAGCAGGAACAGAUACGGGAGCUGGAGAAGCAGCGGGAAAUGCAAGGGAGUUCUCUAAGCAAUACCAGGAAGCACCUGGAAGAGAGAGACCAGGAGAUCAGAACCCAGCAAGAACAGAUACGGGAGCUGGAGAGGCAGCGAGAAGUACAGAGUAUUACUAUAGGAAAGAUGAGGAAGGACCUGGAAGAGAGAGACCAGGAGAUAAGAACCCAGCAAGACCAGAUACGGGAGCUGGAGAAGCAGCGAGAAGUACAGAGUAUUACUAUAGGAAAGAUGAGGAAGGACCUGGAGGAGAGAGACCAGGACAUCAGAUCCCAGCAAGAACAGAUACAGGAGCUGGAGAAGCAGCAGGAAAGGCAGAGGAGUUCUUUAAGCAAUACCAGGAAGGACCUGGAGGAGAGAGACCAGGAGAUCAGAACCCAGCAAGAACAGAUACAGGAGCUGGAGAAGCAGCGAGAAAUACAGAGGAGCGCUCUAAGCAGGAUGAGAAAGGACCUGGAGAAGAGAGACCAGGAUAUUGGAUCCCAGCGAAAGCAGAUACAGGAGCUGGAGGAGCAGCGAGACACGCAGAGGAGUGCUCUAAGCAAGAUCAGCAAAGACCUGGAAGAGAGAGACCAGGAGAUCAAAUUUCAGGAGAGGAAAAUGAUAGCUCUAGAAGAACAUGGUACAUCACAAGUAAGUCGUUUGCUAGAGGAGCUAGAUCAUAUGAAAGCAAACUUGAAGGAGAAGACCUUAGAGCUCCUGUCUCAGACUCAGCAGACCCAUGAAUUGGAAAUGAAGAGAGAACAGGUGAAAUCUCUGCAUGCAGACCUUGAACACCUGCAGGCAGUUCUUAGGAACAGAGAGGGUGAGGCUGAGUCUCAAAGGGAUCAGUUAAGAUUUUUUCAGCAGUACAAGGAGCAGCAGGAUGGGUACCUGCAAGAGCUGCAUGGUAAAUUAGAGAAGGUGACACUUUCUUUAUCUGAAAGAGAUCAAGAACUUGAGUCACAGCAAAAGCAAAUCCAGGAAUCUGAAGAAGCCAUGGAAACCAAGUUAAAGACUGUCCGUGACCAACUGGAGCAGACAUUAGAAACUCUAAAAGAGAAGCACAGACAUCUAGACAUUCAAAUGCAACAAACAAGGAAAUAUGAGGAAAAAACAGAAAAACAGAUGAAAGUUUUACACAGAGACUUGGAACACAGUAAGGCAAUAUUGAGAGAAAGAGAAUUCAUGAUUGAAUCUCAGAAGCAACUGAUUGAGACCUUCCGAAAACAAGAAAAAGACUCUGAACAGCAGAAGGAAAUUCUGGAACAUCUUAAAGUGGCAGUAAAGGAACAAGAGCAAGAAAUUGUGUCCCUUAAAAAGCAAUGUGAGAAGUACAAGGAAAAGGAGGAAAAGCACAAAGCUGAGCAAGCAAAUCUUCAAGAAACAGAAGUAACUCUGAAAGAGAGAGAAAGAAAGAUAGAGUUCCUGGAGGAGGCUAUCCCUAAGCUUCAACAGCAAAAAGAAGAGGCGAUGAUGCAGACUAAAGCUUUACUACAUAAACUAGAAUAUGCUGAAUCUUCUCUAGAAGCUAGAGAGCAGGAGAUAGUGUCUUUGCAAAAGUAUGUCCAGGAGCUUCUAGAGCAGAAGGAAUUAGAAGGCAAGCAGGCCAAGGGCCUACAACAGGAUGUAAAUAAAAUGAGCCAGACAGUGAAGAGCAACAGUUUGGAGUUCCUCAAGCAGGCAAAGCAAAUUAACAUGUACCAGCUUCAUGAAGAAAGUAUGAAAGUAGCACUAACAUCUUGCCAGAAGCAAGUGAGUCUGCUUGAGGAAAUGGUGAAGAAGAGAGAUGAAGACAAUGAAACUCUUACACGAAAACUUCAGCACAAAGAAGAAGAAUUGAAGACUUUGCAGGAUCUCCAGUUUACGCUGACUGAAAAGAAAGAAGAGAAUAGAUAUCACAGAGAGCAAGAGAAGCUCCUGGAAGAAGUCUUGCAUGAGAGGGAACGAAAGGCCAAGGCUCAAGGUGAGCAAAAACACUUGGAGGAGGAGGAGAUGAGAGGUCUUCAAGAAGAUCUCCAGCAUGUUCAGCAGGCUCUGGCCAAGAAGGAUGAAGAGAUCAAAUACCAGAGAGAGAGAGUUAAGUAUUUAGAGAAGACUCUGACAGGGAGAGAACAAGAACUUCGGAAGCAGAGUGAAUUUCUGAAACAAUUAACAUCAGCUUUGCGAUGGAAAGAUGAAGGGGAGACUCUAAAGAAAAAAAUUCAGAAACUCCAAAAAUGGGAGGAAGAAGAAGCAGAAAAGAAGAAAGUUCUCCAGGAGAGAGACCAUUUCCUGAAAAGGCAGAAUGAGCUUGCCCAACAGCUGGAAGAUGAGAGGAAAGUAAAGGGGGAGGAAAUGGAGCGUGUGAUUGCUAUUUUGAAGCAGACUGAAAGUGGAGAAAUAGAAUGGAAAGAGAAGGCGCAGGCACUGACUCUAGCCCUUACCAAGAGUGAAAUGGCCAAUGGGUCUUUAAGGGAAGAAAUAGCCAUCCUGCAGAGUAUGGUUUCAGAGAGGGACAAGGACCGGUUUCAUCUUCAGCAAGCUAUUGCAGAAGGAGAGCAGCUAUCAUGGCUCUCUGAGAAGAGACUCAUGCAGCAACGGCUAGAAUCUCUGCAGCGAGCAGUUGCAAGACUGGAACAUGAGAAAACUGAGCUGAAGCAACUCAACACUGAACUCAGAAGGACUCUUGAGCAGGUGGAACGUGAACGGAGGAGACAGAAGAGGCAUUAUACUGGUCAGUCGCUACCAGAUGCAUGCAGGUUUUCUCUCUCUGAGUCUGACCAGGACAAGAUACCUUCUUCUAAACAGGAGGAGGCUCAUGCUCUCUGCAGACAAUUAGCUGAGUUACAGAACCAGGUGUCCCUUCUGCAGAGGCAGUUGGCACAAGAACGAAAAUAUAAACAGGACUAUGUUGAGUGCUGUGCAAAGACCAGCCAGGAACUGUUAGACCUUCACCAAGAGCUGUCCUACUCCUUAGCAGCUGUGGUCAGGGAGCCCAGAGCUGCUGUUCUGGAGGCAGAGACCCAGAAGCUGGAUCGGUCUCUGAAUCAUAACGUGGCACUAAUACCUGUGGACCGUCAGUCUCCUGAGAGACAGCCAUUGCAUUCAACAGCCAGAGCAGCCAGGUGCGAUGAGCUGAAGUAACCGGUGUACAGCAAAGGGCCUCAGCAGGAACAAAGUCAGAGACUUGCUGUAGCAAGUGAACCAUGGCAGGGGGAUUUGAUGAAAACAUGAGUCCUGAGGUAAGACAGAAGUUCAGAGCACAAUGUUCACUGUAAGAGUUACCCAGCAGGAGCAGUGAUGGGACAGACCAGGACUAGCUUGUGCAGAUGGGGUUGCUCAUAGGCCUGGAAAAGGGGGAUAAACCUGAUGAACUGGGAAAAUUGCCUUCCUUUUCUGAUGCGCUCCAUCGCAGCAUGCCUAGUCAGUGCCUAGGUGGCCCUCCAACAGUUAGGUUAUUCCUGUCAACUUAUGUAUUGUUUACAAAGACUUUUUGUCUUGUUUUAUUUUUUCAAUAAAGUUACUUCUCCAAAGCA